CAAAACCUUAACUCCGAAAUCCGAACUCAGGGGGGCCAGGCCACCCCAUUUCCCUAUAUAGCCUAAGGCUAUAGCCUACCUAGUAACCUAGUAAUAGGCGCAUGCAGCCUUUUCUUCUGCACUACUGCUGUUACUAUUAGGGCUCAGUGUCUCCUUGGUUGCAGCUUGUUGAAGCGCUGGGGACAGCAGACGGAUCCAUAAAUUCUGGAGAAUCUUGAAGGGCAACAUCAUGGACCUGAUUGUUGCGCCAUCAUCAGCCAAGCGGGAUGAUGCGCUGUAUCGACAGUGGUUCGAUGCUGCUGAUGCAGACCGGGAUGGGCGGUUGACAGGCUCGGAGGCCGUCAGCUUCUUCUCAAUGUCCCAGCUUCCAAGGGAGGUGUUGAAGAAGGUCUGGGGCAUAGCAGAUGUUUCUCGCGCUGGGUACCUGGGUUUCCGUGAGUUCGUGACUGCCAUGCAGGUCAUUGGAUUGGCCCAAGCUGGAUAUGAGGUUACUCCAGACAUUCUCAAACACAAAGAUCCGGAGGACAUCAGCCCGCCAGUAUUGACUGGCAUAGAAACCCUGUUCCAGCGGAACCUGUCGUUUUCAAACGCUGCUGAGGUCCCUGGCAGCAGCAGCUCACCUGGUUCAGCUGGUCCGCCUGGUUCAGCGAGGGAGUCGAGCGACGCAUCCUGGACCCCUCCCUCGUCUGUCAAGCCUCGGAAACGGAAGCCCCUACCCCCGCAAGCAGUGAACUCGGUGAUCGACGGGCUCAAGCGGCUGUACGUGGAGAAGAUCAAGCCGCUGGAGGAGACGUACCUGUUUGGGCCCUUCCACUCGCCGCCUCUCACACCCAGCGACUUCGACUCGAAGCCAAUGGUGAUGCUCUUGGGUCAGUACAGCACCGGGAAGACUACCUUCAUCAAGCAUCUCUUGAAACGGGAGUAUCCUGGUGCUCACAUCGGCCCGGAGCCAACAACGGACCGCUUCGUAGCAAUCAUGCAAGGGCAGGACGAGCGGAGCGUGCCUGGCAACACGGUGGCCGUGCAAGCGGACAUGCCGUUCAACGGCCUCACCAAGUUCGGGACGGCCUUCUUGUCCAAGUUCGAGUGCUCGCAACUGCCCCACCAGUUGCUGGACCACGUGACGUUCAUCGACACGCCGGGCGUGCUGUCGGGCGAGAAGCAGCGCACGAUGCGGUCGUACGACUUCACGGGCGUGGUCCAGUGGUUCGCGCAGCGGAGCGACCUCAUCCUGCUGCUCUUCGACCCGCACAAGCUGGACAUCUCCGACGAGUUCAAGCGCGUCAUCGGGGCGCUGCGCGGGCAGGACGACAAGAUCCGCGUCGUCCUCAACAAGGCCGACCAGGUCGAGACGCAGCAGCUCAUGCGCGUGUAUGGAGCACUUAUGUGGUCCCUGGGGAAGGUUCUCAACACACCAGAGGUCUCGCGAGUGUACAUAGGAUCCUUCAACGAUCGGCCCAUGCGAGCUGAGAACACGCCGCUGGGGGCGCAGCUGUUUGAAGCGGAGCAGAAUGAUCUGAUGGCCGAUCUAAAUGACAUCCCUCGGAAAAGUGUCGACAGAAAGGUGAACGAGUUCGUGAAGCGGGCCCGGGCCGCCAAGAUCCACGCGUACAUCGUAUCCAGCCUGCGGGCGCGGAUGCCGUUCAUGGGCAAGGCCAAGGUGCAGCAGCAAAUCAUUGACAACCUCGAGGAGGAGUUUGACAAGAUUCAACGGGAACACCAUCUGCCUCGAGGGGACUUCCCCAACGUCGACUACUUCCGGGAAGUGUUGCAAGGCUAUCAGAUAUCCAAUUUCAACAAACUCAAUCCAAAACUGCUCAAAAACGUCGAUGAUGUCCUCGGAAUUGACAUUCCGGACCUGCUUCACAAGUUUAGGAACCCGUACGAUUAGAUGCUCCGAGUCGUAAGCUGUACACUAGCAAAAUGCAUGGAGUGAUGGCCCAUGGUAUAUUCACGCUCUACACCCUAGAUCACACAUUUAACCUUCUAGGUCGACAGCAGUCACACCGUCAGCAGCCAGGGAUUGUUCCCCUGGCUGAACAUGUAUUUCAAGAACUGUGCAUCCUGUCGACAACUCUAUCUUUUCGA